ACUGCAAGACGCUGAUAUUGCGUUACAUUGUAUCAAAAUGGCGGCUGUCAUUCAGAAUCCACUAAAAGCGUUGGGCGACCAGUUCUACAAGGAGGCCAUCGAGCAGUGCCGCAGCUACAAUGCCCGCCUGUGUGCUGAACGCAGCGUCCGCCUGCCAUUCCUGGACUCACAAACCGGCGUGGCCCAGAACAACUGCUACAUCUGGAUGGAGCGGCACCACCGCAGCCCCGGGGUUUCAGCUGGGCAGAUGUACACAUACCCCGCCCGCUGCUGGAGAAAGAAAAGACGGCUGCACAACGCCACGGAUCCCCGCCUGGGCAUCUACGGUCUCCAGCUCGACAGCGGCCUCAUGUCCAAGGACACCUUGCCCACUCAGAGCACCACGCUGGAGGCUCUGCUGCGAGGAGAGGGUCUAGACAAGAGGAACAACGCUAAGAACGACGAGGAGAGCCUGCUGGAGAUCCAGAGGGUUCUGGAGGCCGAUGCAGCAGAAGACGCUUUCAACGAUGAUGACGACUACGAGGUGGACACUCCCAAGAGGAGACAUCGGGGCAAAGGAAGAGGUCGGGGUUCAGGUCGCAGGAGGACAGAUCUGGAUGACGACAAGCCAUAUGUCUGUGACAACAGAUACAAACAAAAGCAGAACUCAAAAUCUUCGACCUCAGUCUGUGCAAAGCGCUACAGGAACCGUACGGGACUAAGCUACCACUACACCCAUUCCCACUUGGCAGAGGAGGACAGAGCUGGAGAGAGGAACACGGUGGCGUCCAGAUCCGCCUCUGCACCACUGACUGACAGAUACAAACGUCCAAAGGGUCCAGGUGGGACCAGCAUUCCCAACAACUACUGUAAUAAAUGCCAGGGCUCAAACAAGAAGAUGGGUAAAUCUGGGUCUCCCUGCUCAGCCUGCCAAUUUACAACCGAGUGCGGAGAGGAGAAGGAAGAUGGGACUUUUACCGGAGCCGAGGAGUUGUUCGGCACCACCUCGGAGAGCGACACUUCCACCUUUCACGGCUUUGAGGACGACGAGCUGGAAGAGCCCGCCACAAACAGCAACGGGAUAUCCAACCGACACAGAUAAAGCAAACCUUUUAGAUUUAAAGAGACAAUGUUUUUUUUAUAUAUGGAUUAACCUCUGGCAAAAAUUUGCUGCUUCUUUUUCAAUGUUUUUUUGUUUGCAGAAAGCACAAAGUGAUAAUUUCAGGACAGAAAUGCAAGUGGUAUUUUAUCUACUGAACAUUGUUGAAUAAUUUAUGAACACCUUUUUUUAUAUAUAAAUAUAUAUAUAUAUAUAUUAACUUUUAAGGCAAUGAACGACUGUCAGUGUUUGUUGGCAAGUGACUUGGCCUCCAUGCAAAACAGAAGACAUUUUUGGAGUGGUUUUUUUUUGGUUUUUUUGUUUUGUUUUUCCCCCCCCUCACUGGAGCAGAAGGAGGAUAUAUAUGAUGAACAAAAAAACACUGGAGAAAUUACAAAAUUGAACAAUUGAAAAUUUUAAAAGCAUGAAUGAUACUUUUGGGGGUUGACUGAAUGUCAUUGCAGACCCAUACUUGAGCUACUGGAUUUUUUUUGAAUCAGUAGUGGCUGUUACCAUGAAGGCCUCGUCUUCUGCCCUAGCUUUGGAUUAAACUUGUAAGAAAAUGAAGGAACCAAUGAAAGGACUGCCCCAGGCCACUGGAAACGUUUGGAUCAAGAAGUCUAUAAAUGUGGUCUUUACAGUUACGUUGGACUUAAAAAAAAUGAAAGGUAAGCAACAGGUUCUUCUCUCAUCCAGGAACCUGAGACAUUUUUAUAGGUCGUGGAUCAACAAAGAACUGAUUGCUCCAUUAUGUGUUGUGUCAAAAAAUAAGCAGAUAGUGGAAUAGUGUGUAUUUAGUGCUCAUUGGUAAUUGUUAGCAUGCUUACAUGCUAAACUAAGUGGGUGGACAUGAUGAACAGUAUACCUGCAAAACGUCAGCAUGUUAGUAUUUUUAUUGUGAGCAUUUUAGCAUGCUAACAUUAGCAUUUAUCUGAAAGCACUGCGGGCCUGAGUACAGCCUCACGGAGCUGCUAGUGUGGAUGUAGACUCUUAGUCUUGUUCAGACCUACUGUGUGUGAGUCUAACCAGUAUUGUCUGUGUUGUAUAGGAGCAUUCACCACAUUGGCCCAGAGGUGGGGGUGACCAUUGAAGAAGAGGAAUUAACCCUCAAAAACUAAUGAACCUUCAUGUUGCUCCUGAUUUGGGCCUAUAAUAACUGACAGUAACGGAUGAAUAGACAUCCACCACUUCUACAGGCCAUGUGGCUUAAUUGAAGCAACUGCUCCCUUGACGAUUUCUUAUCGAUCCCUUCUGAACAUUUGAUAUGUGAGUAGAUCCAGCUUCAUUUCAUCCUUUCUGCACUGUGCUGGAGCUCCACUGAACUAUGGGAACACUAAAGGCCAGGCCUUUGGACUGUUUGUGCCCAACGGGUGCAUUUGGGGCCCCCGCGGCCCAGCCUGCCCACUCCUGCUCUGUGACUGUGUGUCUGCUGUGUGAUCCGAUGUGACACUAAGACGUCAUUAUCCUCAUCACUGUGCCAGCCUGCCGUUCCCCACUGGAAACCAGCUCUGACAGCCAUGACCCUCCAACCUGAUUGGACCAGUGACCCCCCUGACCCCCCCCAGCCAUAGAGAUGGUGCUCAAAUCCACCACUAUUACAUGCAGACCUCUGGACUACUGUAUUAAUACUCUGACAUGGACGCAAAGGUUUUCUGCUUCUGUCCCUUUGUCUGUUUUUGCUCUAUCUCUUCUGCCUCUCUCAUCUAUAAUGGGUUGCAGUAAUUUAGCUCUUUUUUUUGGCAUCUUGUCUCUGUUGUAUAAUAUUUCUAUGUUUUGAACUCUUUAAAGUUUAAUUAGUAUGACUUCUUGGGUUUGUUCAGACUGUAUUGAUACCUCUGUCCUGAUCAGGUGCACAAUAGCCACAACUACUCAGGCAUCUUUCAUUUCCUCUGCUGUUGAUUGUUCAGCCACUCAGCCCUGAUUCAUGUGAUUGUAUUCAGUUGGCGAAGAGGGACAAUAACGCCACACAAAGAUCCCAUUAUAAUCAACUCCCAGGAGGGAUUUGGGACGCUGCAGUCUAAUGCUAUAGGAAAUCAUCGCAAUAACAAGCUUCAGCUUUGUCAGGUCUGUGCUGAUUUUUACCUGGUUACACACUCGCCAUCCACUUGCUGUUUAAAUUCUACAGCCUUGGUAGAUUUUGACAAGAGUGAGAUUAAUCUCAGAUGCUUUUGAAUUCCACUGAGAUCCACAUACAUGGUGAGAAGUUAAAACUGUAAAAUUGAAGUUAUCUGUGACAUUUGUGUGGAGUGCUUUAGAUGGCCUAAUUGCUUGAUGACAUUUAGGGAGGUGCUUGAAGUACUGUAUUAAAAUGCCUUUUAGGUCCAGAGGUUGCACAUGCUGUGUAAGAGGUCCACGUCCUUUCAUGUUAUUAUUCAGUAUCGCUGCAAUGUAAUAAUAGCCGCUCCGUUUUUUAAGCUAACCAUUAAUCCUACGUGUCUGGUAUGACUUGCUUGUGCAUUCAAACCAACUUUCUUCACUUCCCUCAGGGACCCUCCACAUAGCAGUUUAUCUCAUCUGGGCAAACAGUUGAUCUGAGACUUAUCUGGUCUCCUCCUCCUUCUCUCGUAUCAGUCAGGUGGUGUUUCCACAGUAAAAUUGUGUCUCUUAACUUCUAAACUCACACCAAUAAGUGAAAGCAUGUGUCAUCAAUCAUAACCUGCUAAAUGUUACCUACCGUAUACGAACAGGCCUAGUGUGGUGCAUUUCUGAACAAAAGGAGAAGCUCCUAAAUGCAAAAGUCAGUGGUGUCUGCUUAAAAUAACGUGUCAUCAAUCAUCGAAUAGCCUGUAUACCUCGUCAAAGACACAGCAAUAGGCCCUGGUACUCUCUUGUCAAGCCUGCCAGGGGUGGAGAGGGAGGAUCGGGGAGGGAACAGAGCCAAGAGGAGAUGAAAUGGACAUGACUGGGCGUUUGUUUCGUCUUCAGCUGUAAAUACAAGUCGAAAUUGAGAGAAUGAAGAAGUCUUUGUUUGUUAAAC